AUGCACCAACAUAAUACAUUUCAUUAUUUUUAUUCAUUCGUUUUCAUUCUCCCGUUCAAUCUUCAUUUCAAUUUUCUUUUCAUUCCUUUUCGCACAACCUUUCAUCCUUUUUUCAUUUACCUUUUUAUUCUUUCUCAGUUUCCAUUUCAUUCAUUUUCAUUGCCCUUUCAUUCUAUAUUUCAUUCUAUGUUAUAUUCUCCAUUCCAUUAUUUUUCAUUCUGCUUUCAAUUCUUUCAUUAUUUUUCAUUCUCCCUUUUGUUCUUUAUGAUUCUACUUUCCAUUCUAUUUCAUUCUAUAUGUUUUUUAUUUUUAAUUCUCACUUUAUUUCUGUUUCAUUCUAAAUUCCGUUCUUUUUCCUACUACAUUGCAUACCUUUUCAUUCUACCUUCGAUUCUUUUUCGUUCUUCCUGUCAUUCAUUUUCAUUCUUUAAAUUCUCACUCUCAUUCGUUUUCAUUCCCCCAUUCUUUCUUUUUCAUUCUACCUUCGAUUCUUUUUCGUUCUUUCUGGCGUUCAUUUUCAUUCUUUUAAUUCCCCCUCUCAUUAAUUUUCAUUAUACCUUUCUUUAUUUUUCAUUCUACUUUCGAUUCAUUUUCAUUCUUCCUGCCGUUCAUUUUCAUUCUUUUAAUUCUCCCUUCAUUCGUUUUCAUUUCUCCUUUCUUUCUUUUUCAUUUUACCUUUCAUUCUUUACAAUUCUUCUUGUCAUUCAUUUUCAUUCUUUAAAGUUUCCCUCUCAUUCGUUUUCUUUCUAUUUCAUUCUACGUUUCAUUCUAUUUUUCUUUCCUCUUUUCAUUCAGUCUCAGAUUUUUAUAUUCUUCAGUUAA